AUGGAGGAAAGUAAAUUCAGUGAAGAAGUAAUUGAACAAAUAAAAGAUAUAAUUCCGUGGGGUUUGAGUGAUGAGAAUAACUUGUUAAUUGAUAAACUGAUAUUAAAUGAUAAUCUAAAAACGCGUUAUAAAACAUAUGGAUUAUGUAGAGAAUGUUAUCAGCCCAAUACUAGUUGCGAUACAAGCGAUUUCGGUUAUGUUUAUUGGUGUCAAUCAUGCAAUGCUACACGUUUCGAACAGGAUUUCAAGAAUUGGACUAGCGGAGAUCAUCACGUUGAUGAGCUUGUUCAAAAAUCACAACUCAAAGCAAAGAAUUACAAAGAAGUAAUAGAAUGGUACAAUUAUCAAUUUGAAGAUGUUAAAACUCUGAUCAAAGACAAAUCCGGAAUCACCUACACCGCAAGUUGGUAUGGUGAUCUAUGUAUGUUAGAAUGGGACUAUGUCCGUAACAGUUGGAAAAGGUAUAACCCAGGUCGCGUUAUUCUAAGGUAUUUACAUGACGAACCAGAUAAUCCGGUUGAAUUCUUGAAAAAGGUUGAAUCACGUAUUGCGAUGAAUGGUUCCCCUAAUUCCGCACGAUUAUAUGGUAUUACUAAAGAUCCAAAAACCGGUAACUUUAUGAUGGUUAUGGAACUUAAACAUAUCAUUAACUUUAGAGAUUGUGUUAAAAAUUCCAACAAUAAUGAUAGGUUGAAACUUUUAAGAGAUAUUGCAAGAGGCCUUAAGGAUAUUCAUAAUAAUGGUUUGAUUCAUCGUAAUUUUCAUUGUGGCAGCUUAUCAAUCGAAUUGGAUCACGCAUUUUAUAUUGUUUCUAUCACCGACUUGGGAUCAAGUCAACCGGCAAAUCCAAAAUCUAUACAAGAUGACCAAGUUCAGGUGUACGGUGUGUUGCCUUAUGUGGCCCCCGAAAUAUUAGUAGGUAAUGAACACACACAAGCGGCCGACAUCUACGGAUUUGGAAUGAUAGCAUAUGAAAUAAUGACCAAAUUACCUCCUUAUCAUGAUGUGGCGCAUGAUGAAUCCUUGGCCUCAAGAAUCUGUCAAGGUUUGAGACCAAGUUUUAAUUGUAAAGUUCCGCCUCUGAUUUUAGAUAUAAUUCAAAGGUGUUGGGAUGCGGAUCCUUCAAAUCGUCCCAAUGCGAAUGAAUUGUACUCUUUAUUAUACAAAUUUGGAUUUGAUGCUUUCUUCGUUCAAAGUUCAUUAGCAUAUAGGCAAGUUUUAGAAGCGUAUAAAAUUAAUAGCUCAUCAUUUACCGGUUUUAAAGAUAUUAAAUUACAUCCUCAAGCAGUUUAUACGAGCAAACUUUUAACUUUUAAAGAUCUUCCGAACCCCCAAAAUGCUGAUGUUGAUCAGAUUUAA